AUGCCUAAAAAACAGUCGGCAAGAGGGAGGGGCAAGGCCGAAAAGGCCAGGGCCACCACGGAGCCUGUGACCCAGGCUUCACCGGUUACUCAGGGUAAGGAUGGGUCCAUCCUGGUAGCCAUCCAUGCCAAGCCUGGAGCCAAGGCUAAUGCCAUAACAGAUGUAACAGCAGAGACUGUUGGUGUACAGAUAGCAGCACCCCCUGCGGAGGGGGAGGCAAAUGCAGAACUGUGCAGGUAUCUGGCUGCCGUCCUGGAGGUCAAGAAAAGUGCUGUAUCAUUGGAAAGGGGAGCAAAGUCGAGAGAGAAGUCUGUCCGAGUCGACGCUCCUGGAACAACAGUUGAUGUCAUACUUCAAAGAAUAAAAGCAGAAACAUCCUGA